AUGCAACGACUCAACGAAGACGAUAUCCACAUAGUUCACAAUGUCACAUCGGAGAUGUGGGAUCAGUUGAGGGAGUUAGUGCGGACGAUGGAUGACUGGACAAGUCAUGAUGAAGCUAUGUAUCAGCUGCUGCCGGAGCUGAAGAACGUCUACCCGCUCUUUGCGCUGAGGAAGUCAGAUAAAUAUCUGCUAGGUGGCCUUGCUGUGGUGGUGACUGAUGUUGUGUAUUGUGCAUUUUACAUCAUGCGUCCCGGCGUUCAAGGGAAAGGGAUCGGAUUGAAGAUGAUGAAUCAAAUUAUGCACAUGAUGUCUGAUCAUACCAAGAAAGUGCCGGUAGUUGGAAGAUCAGUGUCGUCGAUGCUUGACAAGUAUACUGGCCCACCACUCUACGCGGUUCACCUUUUUGAAUUGUAUUCAUUUACACUUCCCAAAAAAGAACUAUUACACAUAUUCCCUUGCUCAGUGAACAGUCUCGCUCCGAAAUCCACGAAGGAACUGAAUGCUGAACAAUUCGAGAAGGUUUGCGCGUACGAUCAACAUAUCACUGGUAGAGAUCGCCGAGCAUUCCUUAAAGACUGGCAUUCGCUGUUCUUCACCAAAGGAGUUGCACUGUUCGACGCUGCAGGAACUGUUCAUGGACUGAUUGGCGCUUCGCCACUCUUGUAUGACGGGAAGAUCUUCAAAAUUGGACCGAUAUUCGCCGCCUCACGGGAUAACGCUUGUUAUCUGCUCAAAUGUAUCACAGAUAUAAUUCAAGUGCCAGAUGCAAAAUUUGUGACUCACAUUUCUACAAACACGUCUGGAGACUGGAUGUUGAAGAAGUGCAGAGACGCCAACAUUCCCCUCACACUUACAGGAACUUCACUCAAUCCUACUUACACAAAACUCAUCUAUAAGGAUCCCUGUGUCACUGAAUUAAUGUUCGCUCCCAUGAAUACUCCCAUUUUUUUUGACCGAUAA